AUGAAGCACCACACGCAGGGGGCCCGCGCCCGCUCCUCUGCGGGGUCAAACUCACUGCGUGUAAGCGGCGGCGGCGAAGCAACUUCUAGUGAGUUCCACGAGGAGCCGCCGUUUAUCAGACCUGCUGGCGACACGCUGGGCCCUCGCUGGCGUCGUGGCAAGGAUGGCCGGCGGGGCGCGGAUCGCAAGGCAGCCCUUUUCCCUUGGCAGCGGCUGGGUCGGAGCCCUGAGCAGCGGCCGCAGAGUUCGUCGGGGCCGGUGCUGGCGAUGACGGCUCCUCCUUCGGACUGCGCUGGCGAGGCCUGCGGCGAUGGCAACAACACGGAGGACGAUCCCGCCUUAAAUGUUGCGCCGGCGGUGCCUCUCACCUCGUCGACACGCCCGCCUUCUGUUUGCACGCAACGGACAGAGCGGCAUGAUGCAGACGCCCUCCACGAGGUUGAAGGUGCCCGGCCCAAAUUACUCGCACACGAAGAGAGGCGGGUGCUUGUCUCGCCACCCGCGGGCUCGUGCGGUGGGGGUUUGGGCGAGUCGCACCGACGUCAUCCGGUUAUCCCUGCCGGGGCAGCGGCGGAGGGGGCUCAGCGUGUCGUGAAUGAGUCGCCGGGCAGCCUCGGCGCCGCUCCGUCACCCCUGUACAUCCUCGUUGCCCCGUCUUCGGCAGCCGCGGACAUCGGCGCCUCCGAGCUGCACUCUGAGGCGAGUCCACUGGCACACGCGCAGGUGCGUGUGGGGGAGGAGGUGCAACGCCAGGAAACGGGGCAGCGCGGAACCCUCGGUGGCUUCCUCGGCAACCGACGCGUUGGCUUCUUAACCUCACCGCCGCCGCAGACAUCAUGUGAUCGGUUGCCGAUGCACGCGAGUGAAGUGACAUCUUUGCUUGAUGCCGCACCGACGAGCCCCGCGGCCCGCAGGCAUCAAACGCGUUGCUCGCUUCGCACACCACCGGUGACGGAGCACCCCCCAAGCAUUGGCUCCCCGUGGCGCCCCAGGAGCGCUGUCAUUGGCUCCUGGCGCAGCUUAAGUUCGCACUGCAAACGAGCCGGAUUGCAAACCCCUGAGGUGCCUUUGCUGCUCAAACAACGCGGGGGAGACGCAUUUUGA